GUCGGCAUGUUAGAAUGGAACCCACAUCCUCAAAAGAGGACAUAAAAAAAUCGCCUUCUUCGUUCCUCGUUCCUCACUAACACUUGCACUCACUCUCAUCUCAGCAUCCCAUGUGCUCAGCUUCUUCACCUUCUGACUGCCACUCUCUGUCUCUCUCUCCAACAUCCAUGUGCAACAUGAAAAGAAACAUAGUACUAAACCUACAAAAAUUUAAUGCUACAAACCAAUGUGCUAUGAACUAAGAUUAUGACCUACUGAACUUCAUUCUCUCUAUAGUCUCUGUCUCUAUCUUUCACUCUUCUCAAUGGACUCCAGAACUGUUCUUGACCAUGUUCUUUUCCAACUAACUCCAACCAGAACCAGAUGUGAUUUGGUGAUUUUCUCUGGACCUUUGAACGAGAAGUUGGCAUCAGGGCUUCUUGAACCCUUCAUUUUGCACCUUAAAAGCGCCAAAGAUCAGAUUUCUAAAGGUGGAUAUUCCAUCACUCUGCGCCCAGCUGGCUCUCAUGCCUCUUGGUUCACCAAAGCCACUCUGCAAAGGUUUGUGAGAUUUGUUAGCUCACCAGAAGUUCUUGAGAGAUUUGUGACUAUAGAGAGAGAGCUUGUGCAGAUUGAGGAUUCGAUUCAAUCAAGUGAAUCGAUAGAGGCAGAUGGAAAUGUGUCAGCUGCUGAUGGGCAUUCCAAAAGAUCAAAUGCCUACUCCAAUUCGAAAGGUGAAUCCAAUGGAACAGGCGAUGCUGUACCAGAAGAGAAUUCCAAGAUUCGUCUUCUACGUGUUCUGGAAACUCGGAAGGCAGCGCUCCGCAGAGAGCAAGCAAUGGCUUAUGCCCGUGCCUUAGUUGCUGGAUAUGAGAUGGACUACAUAGAUGAUCUUAUUUCUUUUUCUGAUGCUUUUGGAGCUUCACGUUUAAGGGAAGCGUGCAUAAAUUUCAUCAAUCUAUGCAAGAAAAAGAAUGAAGAUAGGCUUUGGGUAGAUGAAAUUGCAGCAAUGCAGGCAUGCUCUCAGCAAGAAUUUCCAUACUUGGGAACAUCUGGGAUCAUACUUGCUGGUGAAGAUCUUGAAACUAGUCAGAAUCUUAUGAUAAAUGUUCACCCAAAUGGUCUCUCUAAUGGAAAACAGAAUGGCUCCAUGGAUGCAUCUGAUUCAACUGCAAGUCAUGGAAGUUUGGACAAUAGCCAAGAAAGUAGCUUGCCAACAUCAUCUCAAACACAAUCAACAAAUGGGAGAAUUCAAGCACCGAUGACAUGGCCAAACCAUGUUCCUCAGUACAUGCACAACUUUCAAGGUCCUGUAUUUCCACAAAUGCCCCCAUAUCCAAGCUACCUUUUUCCUGGUAUGCAACAACAUGCCUCUUCAUAUUAUCCAGGCAAUAUGCAAUGGCCUUCAAAUGUCGAAGAUUCUGGUCAUGUUCUUGAUCAAGAACUAGAUGGACAUCGGAAUCACAAAUCAUCUAGGAAUAAAAAGAAACAUUCACACGGAAAAGUACUGGAAACUUCAGAGCAAGAUCGCUCCACCGAGCCCAGUGACUCCAGUUCUGAGAGUGAAUCAGAUGAGGAUUUGGAGCAUCACAAAAAUUCUUCUUCAAAAGACAAGCCACACAAAAAGAAGCAUGGGAAGAAGUCCUCAAGAAAGGUUGUUAUCCGCAAUAUCAAUUACAUAACCUCUAAGAGGGAUGGAGAGGAUACUGGCUCAGAGGGGAAUUCAUCUGAUGAGGAUGAAUUCAUCAAUGGGGAUUCAAUCAAGCAGCAAGUAGAGGAAGCAGUUGAAUCAUUGGAGAGAAGGCAUAAAUCAACCUCACGUCGUCAUAAGAAACAUGGAGGGGUCAAGCUUCCUGGCAUUGCAGAUGGUCCAAAUGAUGAUGCUGAUCAGGAAAUUAAGAAUGGUGCUGCAAUUAACUCUGAGGGAGGAAAAAGAAAUGACCCCUGGGGUGCUUUCCAGAAUCUUCUUAUGCAAGAAAAAGAGUCAAAUUAUUCUGGUAUAGAGCCAAACUCUGUUGAUGUUCAGGAGGAAUAUUUUACAAAUAAAAACUCUGAAGAGAGAAGUUCAUUUGCCUUCAACCUGGAACAAGAGAAAGUUACCAAGCAACAAACUAUAUCGAGUGAUUCCUUUGUUGUAACAGAGAGGAAUACUGGAGUGGAGGGGAAAACUCACAUUGGGAAUUUUGAAGUUGACGAGAAUGCAACUAUUAGGAAAGCAGAAAGCACAUAUGAGGAGGAGUUAUUUUCACACAGAAUUGAAGAAUCAGGGAAUCGUCCCCAUGCUGUUAUAUCUGAUAGUGCUGCUGAAUUUUCCAUAACCAAAUGUCAAGAAGAAGGAGAUUGGUUCCUCAACAGCCAACCAGAUAAAUCAGCACAUCAGGAUGCAAGCAAAGAUCUCAAGAUGUUUGAUGGUGUUUAUGCUUCUUCAGUAGCUGUUGAUGUUCAUGCUGGAAAAAAUAAAAGCAAUGUUUUAGCUGAUGACUCUUUCAUGGUUCAAGCUCGAUCAUUUGAUAAUCAACUUGAUUCUCAGUUAAGGACUGACAUAAGCAUGGUUCCAGAGAUUGUUGGAGAUACUCAAUAUGAAUAUGGACCACCAGAAAUUUCACACAAUAAGCCUGAAGUCAUUGCUACCCAUGAGCCAGAUGACCUUUACAUGAUGCUUGAUCGUGAUUCAGCAACUGACCAUGCUGGGGCAUCAUGGACUCCAGAAAUGGAUUAUGAAAAUAGCUUAUUAUCAAAUGAAGUCAAUAACAGGCAUUCUGACAGUGAAACAGCUGGUGUUGUUGAUGAUAAGGUGCCUCCUAAUAGUAAGAAUGCAAAAGCCAAAAAUAGUGGAACUCCUGCAGGAAAAGUUUCAGGUAAAGAAGCAAGGUCGAAACUUUUAAACGGAUCCCUUGGAAAAAGCAAAUCUGACAUCUUAUCAAGGAGCAAGAAACCAACUACUGUAAGCAGAACAACAGUUCCAAAGAGCAAAUCUGAGAAGGAAGAAGAGAACAGGAGGAGAAUGGAGGAGUUAAUGAUUCAACGCCAGAAGAGAAUUGCUGAAAGAAGUUCUUCAAGAGGAUCUAGUACAGAAACAACCAAAAGGACAGCUACAGUGAAUAAAACUGCAGUGACUUCUGUGAAGAAUGAGAAACCUAAUACUCAGACCCCAAUCCAAGAGAAUAAGAAACCACAUAAGCCAGUCCUAAGGAGUUCCACCAUAGAUCGCCUUGCAACAACACGAACAACUCAGAAGGUCUCAUUGACUCAAUCAAAAUCGGACCAGCCCAAAAAAUCAUCAUUGAAGGCAAAUGGUGUAGCUGCAACUAACUUACCAAAGAAGACUGCUGGUGCUGAGAAUAAGAAACCAACUCCAAGCACACUCAAACCUUCAGAUGAGAAAAAGGACCCCAAGAAUUUAAAUCAGAUGCUUUCUUCUGACACUGAUGUCCAAGCAAAGGAUGGCAUGGAUUCUGUAGCUGAAUUUCCAGUGAAGUCAUCAGCUGCCCAGGUAAAUCAAACUGAUGAUGCCCUUGAUCUGAAAGACAUUAAGGAGCUGCACGCUACUGCUUCUAUUGAGAAGAAUGAGGAAACUGUGAAUUCACAUAGGGAUAUCUUGGAUGAUGGGAACUGCAAUGGAAAUUCACUCAACAUGGCCUCAUCUGUGCCUACUGAAGAUCAUAUUCUAACAGUGGCUCAGCAAGAAGGUAAUGUUGACAGAUCAUCUCAUGAAUAUUCUGUUCAAACUGAAGGAAAAACACUUUCUGAAGGUCCCCAUGAAAUAACUAUACAUCCUAUGCCACCAUCACCUGAAAAAGUUUUGAUUGCUUCUGCUGAGAAUCUAGAGGCAAACGGUGCAAUAAAUGAAAACUUUCAAGUUACACCUGAAAUUUCAGAGAUAGAGAUCUCAACUCCACCACCAGGUAAUGGAGCAGUUUCAGAGUCAAACAAUUCCAGGAAGAAGUGGGACAGUGAUGAGAAUUCUACUAAAGCCACCAAGGGAUUUAGAAGGCUUCUUAUGUUUGGAAGGAAAAAGGCUGAAACUCACUCAUGAACUGAACAUAUGUUUUAGUCAGAUUUGAACUCUUUGCUUGCGGCUUUCGUGUUCAUAUUAUUCCCCAAUGCCUCUGGUUUAGAUUAUUGGUUAUUCAAGAGCAAGAGGUAACUUACAAAUAGAAUUUUGUUUGAUCAUGCACAGCUGAUGUGUGCCAUGCAGCUGUUGAGCAGAAGAAUGUUGAUAGCAUAAUAAUAAGGCUUCGGGUUUUGCUGCCAUUGGAGGAUUUGAAAUGUUAUUUAUCCAAAUUUGUGUAACAUAAGGAGGGAAUAAACUGGUAACCUCUUAAUUUGGUAUACCUUUUGAUUUUGCUUUGAUACACGCUUGGGAGUCUUUUUUGUAUUUGUUUUGAUUUUAUUCAAAAUUCUGUUGUAUGUAUUACAAAGUCUUGUAAUGAAUCAUCCUUGGCAUUCUUUA